AUGUACUCGCUGCCUCCUGGCGGGCCACAGUCGCCUCAGAAGCAGCAACAGCCGCCUCAGCAAUUCGGUCCACCGCAAUCGCAGCAGCAGCAGCAGCAGUUUGCACCGGUCUCUCUUUCCGGUCCACCGGGCUCCUUUCAGCCUGGAGGUGGCCAGCAAUUUGGCGGAAUGCCGCCGCCACCGCCCACUAGCCAGUACGGUGGACCGCCACCUCAGGGGCCACCUCAAGGACCGCCGCUCGGUGGCCACCCGAUGGGUGGUCCACCAAGUGGCCCUGGAUCGGUAGUUUCCGGCGGCGGCGGCGAGUCGACCGCCUCAACUCCCGGUCCCAUGUCUCGAACUCCUCACGGAGGCCUUCCACCACAGGGUCCUCCUCAGGGCCCACCGCAAGGCCCACCGCCGGGUAUGAUGAUGCCAGGCGGAGGACCACCGCCGCAAGGUGGUGGUCCUGUUGGCUACAUGCCACAUUCUAUGAUGUGUUCCCAGCUGCAGCAACAGCAGGGUCCCCCUCGACCGCCCUUCGGAGCUCCGCCGCCGCCCAUGGGAGGACCGCCCAGUGGACCACCUACUGGCGGGGCGAUCCNAUCCACUCCUUUGGAAUGCCGCCGCGAAUGCGCAACUACCCCGCCAAUCCGUACAUGA